AAGUUAAUUAAUAAUUUGUCAUUUCGGCACGUGCUUACGGCUCGUGUAGUUGUGCGUAUUGUCAAAACCUAUUGCUUAUUGUGUAUUGUAAAUUUGAUCUAUGGAUUUAAAAUUGUAGUUAUACGUUAUCUAUACUUUAUAAUUACACAUUCUAAGGAAAUAGCUCUAUUAUAAAUUAUUUAAAAACUGGCGAUAUUUGAUCGUUAAAAACUGAACAAUUAUAUAUUGGUAAACAAUAACAUUUUCCUUAAAAUCAUGGCAGCUCGUCCAUCCAAAUCAUCGUACUACGGUAAAAAGAAGUACAAUUUUAAAGACAGUCGUAAUCAACUCCAGCCUGAUAUGAAAGGAUUUUUGUGUACAUGCAAUUACGGAGAAAAAGACUGUCAGAAGGAAGCGAUAAAUUUGUUAAGAGAAUACAGCGAAGAAAAAGACAAAUCAUCUGAAGAUAUUUCUAGUACUGUAGAAGAAUCUACAGAUAUUAUGGACUCAUUAGAUACUGAAUUGGAAAGCUUGUCCAAGAAAGAUAAUGCUGAUUGGAAAAAAUUUAAUCCAUCAGUUACAGGUGUUGGAAACUGUAUUUUCAUCAGCACUACUGUUGAAGAUCCAUGUGACCUAAUGUAUAAAAUACUCGAAGACAUAGAAAGAACCAAAGUGCAGAAGACAAAAUUUCUUUUACGUAUGCUUCCAAUUUUAAUUACUUGCAAAGCCAAUUUAAUAUCUAUAAAAUCAGUCUGCACAAAUCUAUUAUCUAAGUAUUUUUCUACAGAACCAACAACAUUUGCAAUUAUGUUCAACCACAGAUAUAACAAUUCAGUGCGGCGUGAUGAAGUUAUUAAGGAAUUGGCCAACCAAGUGGUUAGUUUUGGACAGCAUACUGUGGAUUUAUCUGGUGGAGCUAAAAUGACUAUUAUUGUUGAGGUGGUGAAAUCUGUUUGUUGUUUGUCAGUAGUAAGAGAUUAUGGGCGCUUCUGCAAGUUCAAUCUACUCUCUGUCUGUGGUCGACCUGAAAAAAGAACAGCAGAUGGUGAAAAUGGUGAUGGUGAAAAAACUUCUUCGCCUAAAGUUAAAAAACAGGAGGAGAAUGAUCAAGUAAAAGAAAACCGUGAAGAGGAAAAUACAAAAAGUAAACCCGAGGAAGAAGUUAAUGAAACAUCUGAACUUUAAAUUACUAUUAUUUAUGUUUGUUUACUUAUUAAAAAGCAUCAAUAAGAAUUUUGCUUAUUAUUAUAAAAAUUAAAAAAAAAUUUUC